AUGUCUCUGCUCGAGAAUGAUUCCGGAGACGAUGGCGAAGUCCGUCACAAACGCUUCGACUAUCCUGCACCUUCUCUAGCCGGCAUCAUCGACUUCUUUACCCAAGAUGGCGUCACUGAUAAGCACAUUCGAUGCUACUUGCGCGCACCCUGUCCCUGGACCGCUCCCGAUGAGCUCACCAACGAUGAUGGCAAGAUCUUAUGUCGCAAGGACGAACACCCUCUUGGCUGGAUGAUGCCUGUCGGGAAGCAGGGAGAACUCUUCAGACAUCUGGUUGUUCCUCCCGUCGCCAAGCUGUAUCCUGACCUAUUCGCCGAGCCCGAUCUUGAGACCCAGAUACGCCAGGACCAACCAAACACAUACGGUAGAUUCAAGUACGCACCUUUCGUCGUGUGUAGAGAAGUCUUGGUCAGGAUGAUCGAGAGUUGCGCCCAAGAGAUGAGAACUAUUCCAUGUCUAAGAAUUGUCGAGACCGAGUCUCAACACGUCUCGCCACGUCCACAGCUCAAACGCUGUCGUCUCGAAGGCUUUGAGACAGACGAUGCUGACGAGCAGCCGGAUUUGAAGAAAGAGAAGGUCAAGCCAUUCGAGUUCACACCGGUCAAAGCCGUUGUGAUGCGUCCAGACCUUCCCAAGGUCUUGAAAUCCGAGGUCGCUGCCUCCGAAAAUGAUACGUCCAAGCCAGCCAAGGAGGACAGUAGCAGGGGUCAAACUGUCACAGAACUCAUUGCAGAGGAAAGGGCACUUCGGGAUCGGCUGCGAAACGCACCUACCUCACCAGCUAGUUCGACGAAGAAAAGACAGAAUUCGACAACGUCAUACAGUUCGAGCGAGCAUAAUCCGACUCGAGCUCGUAGGGACGACAUUGACCGCCCUGUUGUCGAACGUAGAAGACUUCACAUCCGCAACAUGGGCAGUUGGACAAAAAGAGAGACGUGGUACCUUAUCAAACUUCCAAUACAGGCAGAUUUCUUCGAACGCCACCGCGUUGGCGCCAUCACCAUUACCAUACCCGUGGGAUCCACAAGGGGCAAGUCCGGCUUUGCCGACUUCAGCACCCACGAACAAGCAAAGCGAGCCAUGGAAGACUUGGACCGUACACCCUUGCUUGGUCGCGUGGUCGACAUCGAGAUCGCACAGCCGUCUACCCCAGUCGAAGAGGAAGAGAAGCAUCCGCUGCCUGUCAAGUCAAACGCCAGACUGCCUUCAUCCCGCAGAAGGCUGUAG